AUGGAAGGGCAGCAGAAAAUGACCGAUCUCCAAUCUAGAGUUAAAGCUACGCAGGAAAACAAAUCUAGAGCCUACCGGCAAAUAGUUGGAGAAUUGAGGGUGCAAGCUCCAAGUUUGGAGCCGAUUAGUCAGAGUUACAUUCACAUCGGUGGUUUAUCUACGGAAAACUGGUCCACUGCUGAAAGGAACUGUCAAGAAAUGGGUGGUCACCUGGCAUCCUUCGACACAAAGGGCGAACUUGAGGCUUUAAGUCCAGAGCUUAAGAACUCCACUCGGUACUGGAUCGGCAUUAGGAACGUCCACCGCGGCGAGUUCAAGGUUUGGGCUACCGGCAUGCCAGCUCGAUAUUUAAAAUGGGGCGAUGGCUAUCCCUGUAACGGGAAUAUGUAUAACUGCGUAUUCCUGUACAAUGGUUUUAUGUACAAUUUCCUAUGCGGUUACUAUAACCACUAUAUUUGCAACGUGGACAAAGACAAUUAA